AUGGUGAAUCAGCACGUCGGCCACGGCAUCGGGCACCCGCUCGAGGUGGUGGAGACGGUGCUCGAGGUCGCCGACGUCGCUUGGAACGCCUACGAGCACCACCGCCACCGUCAAGAAAGUCCCCCCAACGCCUCGUCCGAUGGUGGGGCGGGGAGCAAGGGGGAAGAGGAGUUGUGCCUCCUUCGGUCGGAGAAUCGUCGCCUCCGGGGCCUCCUGGCGGAUAACUUGGCCCUUCUACAGGGCAUCUCUGAGUUCCCUUCUUUCACCAAAGACUGCCCGCCCGACGUAAGUAUCCUCUCUUUCCAUCCGAUCUGUCCUAAAGCUGAGGCACGGGCUGUGCCUGUUAUUAUUUUCGGUGUUCUGCGGAAUUUUCGUCAUAAAGACGAGCACUUGCAUUUCUUGUCAUAUAUCUUUGAGUAAGACGCAAUUAGUAUCUUUUUUUCGUCAAUCUGUAACGUGAUGAAGAUUGGUUCAUUAGAAACUGACAGUAAAGAAUGGAAUCGUCCUCUUAUUUCUCCCCUUGAAAAAGUUUUACUGCCUAUGAUUAAUUUAAUUAAUUAUUUCUUGACCAUAAUCUCACUAGCCGUUCGUUUUGAUGAACUUGGAAACGUAUUGUGGAUUGUUGGUGAAGAGGAUAAGCCCGUGAUUCAAAAUAAAUGGUCUGAAAAUGAAAGGAAAAAAUAGUCAUUUAUUUACCGCUCUGUCUUUUGCUACAUGUAAAUUUUCUUUCAGGUUGGAUGAUAUGUGCUCAAUACUUUGCUGCAUGUUCAAUAUCUCGGCGUCAUGUCAUGUGCAUGAUUCCUUUUUAAUGGCGGGUCUAAUCCAGUAUUCUGAAGUUGAGAUAGAAAAGUGAAAUAGAUAAAUGAAAUAAUUCAUGACGAACUGACAUGCUUGAUCUGGCAAAGAUCUUCAUGUGUUUCGUUUUGCUCAAGUGAGCUACAACUCGUGAAGCUGAAAUUAUUUCGAAUGGUGCACCAUACUACUUGUGAUAUUGAUUCUUUGAAUGAAAGGUUUAGAAUAUGAUGACGAGAGGUGGAUAAUUUAAUAAUUUACUAGGUCCCUGUGUUGAAGAUAUAUGAAUUAAUUAAAGUCGGCGUUUUUUCGGGGAGGGUGGGGUGAGGUGUUGGGUCUUUUCUUAGCUUCUUGGUGUACCUUUGUCUUGUAUCUUGCCGAUGACUUUCAAAAAGGACUGGUGGUACUCAUAUAGAGGUACUUGUGUGUACAUGCGUAUAAUAUAUGUGAAGCGUUAGUCCUCGUUUUUUUUCAUUUUAUUUUUUCUAAUUUCAUUUUAGUUGUUGAAUUCAUUGUUAAUCUAGUAAUUCAAAUUAUUUGUCAGUGUUGACAAAUAUUUCUUCAUAUCCAUGCCCCCAAGCCUUUAAUUAAACAUCUUAUUGUCUCUUGCUAAGAAAUAACCUGUAAACUUUGGAAACAGCCUAUUGAUGCCCUCAUCCAUUCUUCAAAGCCUGACAAAAAUGCCCCACAAAGCAAGCAAUCACGUCAACGGAUUAUAUCCUUUUAUGACUUACUUCCCCAUCAUUUAAUUGCCAUAUUCCUCAUAGUGCGCCAUCGUGUCUUUUAGACCUGGGUUUCCUGGUGAACAGUAGAUAUGCGUUAGCAUGAACUUAAUCGCCAAGAGGCUGUAGAAAAAUAACUUGAAGAUUAGUAGGUCAAAGGGAGGGAUGCAGGGUGCUUGUAUGCUCUCUUUGGAGUUUUUGACUUGGAAUUGAAGUCUCUUGAAUUAUUUGACACGUGCCAGCUGUUGGUGAGUUAAUGAUCAAAGUGUGUUUCACAGCUUGACAUUUGCAAAAUUCUUCUAAGAGCAAUAUAGAUCAUUGAGCGCAGUUGGGUAGACGAAUCUGCAUGAUCGUCUGGGAAGAUAUGUGGAUGUUCCUUUUUUAAUUAAGCUAAAAGAUUAAUGGAGAUGGUUCAAAAGAUGCCUUAUCUCUUCAGGCAAUCAAGUGGGCAUAUGGUUGGUUUCUUGUUUUGUGAGAAGAUGAUUCCAGGUGAAAGAAUGGUGGAUCAGGAAGUUUGAAGAAACUCUAUUUGUUUUAUUUGAAACGGUCGAGACUGGUUCACUUUGUCUUGGGACCAAUCAUAUCAGCAACUUACACCAAGAAAAUGAUGUGUAUAAGCAGCCAUGAAAGUGAAGGAACUUGUGGAAUCUUGUAGCACGCUGAAGCAUUUUGAUGAGCUUGCAAUAUCAUGUUUAGUGUUGCAAAACUUGGGUGGAAGCCCUCGCAUUAUGCAAAGAACUAUAUGGAAUUCAUCAGACUUCUUUUGACCCCAAAAAGGGAUGAAUUUUGGAUCUUUUGAAACGUGCCAAAGGUGUUAAUUGUUGCUAUAGAAGAGUUUUUCUUCUCUUUUCUUUUGAAGGUGGGGUGGCAUUUCGAGGGUAAAAAAAGGCUGGCACAAAAGUAUGUAAGAUUAUAUUAAAACUGAGAGAGGAGAAAGGAAAAAUACAGAACCUCAGAUGAGGGAAAAAUCCAAGAAGAUCCUCCUCAUACCAAAGUGGUAGGCUAAAAGGAGAAGUAUGUCAUCGUGCUCUUCAAGUGGCCUACUUGAAGAGCAUCCCCCGUAUUAACUACUCCUGAACGUUGGAAACAAUUACUAUGGCCAUAUUGAUCAUGUUUUGCAUGUUUUUUAGUAUUCGUUUUAACUAUCUGUUCCUUUCUUAUGGCCCGUGGGAUUUCGUCUGAGAGCAUUAUCCACCAGCCCAGAUCAUCUGAUUCGUUCUAUUAUCUAAAAGUGAACCAACAGCACCUUAUUUUUUACCACUUCAUUUUUCGGGAAUUUAUGAGCAGAAUGAUUGGGUUACCAGAAGACGUUGCUAAUGCUCCGUACUUCAGGAAGGUCAUUCAGGGUCAAAUAAUUCUUUGUGAACUGGGAUUGGUGGUCUUUUUCAUCUACCAGGUGACAGCAUGUGGGUUUUUGUUGCUGUAGGUGAAAUGAGAGGAUACCAGGAUUAGAAUUGCAUGGUAUUAAAGGGAGUGGCAUUUCAAAAAUAAAACUUUCUUAGUUUGAUUUAGUGCACGACUUGGAGUUGCUGAUAAAUUGGAAAUGUCAUCAGGGAGUUCUUUUUCGGAUUUGUGCUUCUUGAACAGCGCCCAGUGACUGCAGUAGAUCACGUAGUGUGUGAUGUCAACUGAUGUUUACUGUAGCUUUCAUCAAACUUUCGAAUGACUGCCCAAUAAUAUUUUUGUGGUACCUUUUAUAAUUUCUCAUUAGCAAGAACACUUUUGAUGGCAUCUCGUCAACUAGUGUACUUUUGACUGUCAUCUCAUUAAUUGAGGAAGCUUUGAUGCUUUUAAAAACUCUUUACAAGCGUAGCUCCUCUCACGCAUGUAUUUUAAUGAACAAUUGUAUCAUUACAGUUAAAGGGAAGAGGACAGGCUGCUCCUGCUUUGCAUUAUUAUUCUUAAUGUUCAUUGGUUGGAUUAAAUGAUGCGGGUAUUUGACUUAUUUUAAAAGACAUCAGCAAAUGUCAAUUUAAAUGAAGGAUGGCCCACUAAAUAGAUAUCCUCUUUGAGUAGUCACCGGAGAGUUAUGUUCAUAGUUGCGAAACCAGACUUAGACCAUAGGAAGUAUGGAAAUUUUAUCUGACUAAACUAAUUGUUUAUAAUGUGUUAAUGAUGGAGAAUAACUAGGGAUAAGGAGGUAGGACUAGUGGGGACUUACAGACAAAUAUAAGCAUCAAUAAAAGACGUUCGAUGACAAAUUAGAUGAUAGGUCCAAACUAUGAUUGGCAAUGAUUAUACCUUGAACUCGUGGACCGAGAUUUGUGGCGGAGGAUCUUGGAGUAAACAGCCCACCAGCUAUGCUCCUCUCGGAGAUGCAGAGAUCCCACGCAGCCUGAAGGAUACCAGGGAUCAGACAAGCAUGAACUAUCCCUCUAUGUCACGCUUUGGCGCCCUAAUUUCAGAUCGGAGAUGAAGAGCCUUUGUGAACCUACUGUAGAAAGAUCUAGGAUCACAGUUUCCGCUCAAAAGAUUGUUUCUUUUUUACAUCAAUUUCAGCUUCCCAUUUUUAGGAACGACAUUAGGCCUUUGUAUGGGCGCGCCCUUAGAAACAGUUCUCAUAGCUAAUGGACUGGAAUAUCGGCCUUAAAUGGUCCUAAAAAGUAGCGAAAACGUUGUGAUACCCUCAGGGUCCUUAAUAGAAAAAUACUUCUAGAAACGGCCAAAAUAGGCAAAGCUAAACUUAAACUUAAUGACUUACGAAAAUCCCUCAUUACAUCAUUCACCAAGUCCAGGCAUAUGCUUCUUUGUCAUUAAAUUCGUAUUAUUUUGUCUUCGUUUCGUCUUUCUUCUCAUCAGCAGAGCUGUGGUUUGUAAACUAUAUUGGGAAAGAUAACUCAAAGGGUGACAAUGAUCGGUAAAUUUUCAGCUGCACUCACGACUUGUCCGGGCUGUAGAAUCCUCAAGCUUUCUCAAUCACCUCAAAGCUCUUAAUCAAGAACCAGCUGAUUCCCUAUGUAAUGGCUUUCCAUUCAAAAGAGUCAUGGGUAUGUUUCUCUCUUUGGUGUGAUCUUCUUGUCUCUGAAAUUUCAAAGCAACCUAGUUCUCACUUCCUCAACAUUUUUGCCUUUUGCUUUGCCAGGAGAAAAUUCCAAGACCGCUGAUAUUAUGGUCGAUGUCGGCUGUGGGGAGCCAAGCUUUUGGGUCUGGGUCACUGAAGAAAUGGUUCCUGGUAUUGUUCAGGAACCGAGUGGCAUUGACAAUGAGAGCUACGUCAUUGUUGGCGAAGAACAAGUGGUGGACGGCAUUGCCAACUUCAUGGCUAGAUGUAUAGUCGCAAAUCCAAAAUCCAGGGUACGAGAAUUCUCGAUUUGGGUCCUCCUCUUCAUUUUCUCCUGCAUUCUUUUCUGGCUGUCUAACAAAAACCCUUUUCUUCCAAAACGCAGAGCGUGAGUCCAGAGGAGCUACAGAAAAGUAAGCAACGUGUAGAAUCUCUCCCUAGCUUUGGCAGGAAUUGCUUUACUUCCUUCUGUUGAAUGCUUGUUUCUGUUCUUCUAAUCUGGGUAUCAAUCGCUACUGUUCUUUUUUUCCCUUCCUUUCCGGUGAUCUACAACUUUCACCUACUGAAAUGUUCUUACCAUUUCGACAACUAGUUCUCUUGUUCAUGUCUGGUCAGUCGGACUUGGCCAAAUAUGCACACGCACUGAGGCCGAUUCUUUUCAUUCUUAUUCGCAGAAGAGACAGUGAAACGAUCUUUCCAGCUUUCUCCCUUGUAUUUGUUAUGUACAGAAACCAUUUGAUUUGUGCUUUUCUUAUCAUACAUUGUAUACUUGCAGCCGUGGGAAAGGCCUUGAACGACAUGAACGAUUGGUUCAAGCUGAAGAAAGCCUGGCAUGCGGGGAAGCUUCUGUACGCCUUGUCCACCUGGGGAAUCGCUUUAGCAGGGUGAGUCUCCAUCAACUGUCUCCAUGAUCUCGGAGGCUCUGCAGAAAAUAGCAAACUAAUACCUUUCAUAGCCAUUUUACUCGGUAUCUAGCCGUGAAAAUGCCUGUGGGCCACAGAAAAUAAGGUCCAAAAACCCUUCAGACUUAAUAAACUGAAAAAAUGCUCAACCCAUUGACCAAAUGCUCAACCCGUUGACCAAAUCUUUCCUUUUUUGUUUUUUUUUUCUUUGACUAGUUUUUAGUCUUUUUCCUGCUGGCAACCGAAGAGCAUUUUUUUGGGGGGGAAAUCUCAUGAAAUGUGGGAUUCUUCCAACCUCUUUUUCUUCAUGUUCUGACUCCUGGGUGUGGAUCUACGAAGGUUGUACACUCAUCGGGGGCUUGUGAAGGCAGCGGUGAAGGGUGUAGGCACCACCGGCAAGCUCCUCCUGAAGGCUCUGUGA